UCAAGGCCAGCCCUGGACAGCCUCUGACGCUGCUCUGAGUGAGCCCUGCAACUUCUUAGCAGGCUGGGCGUAGCCUGGUCGCCUUGACCACCAGAGGGAGAAACCUUGGGAACGUUGGUUCAGGACGCUGUGCCUUGGAGUGACACCCACCACCUGGGCUUGCUCCCUUGCAGUUACCCUCCCUGACCUGGAGAUUCCAGGAGCAUGCUUGCCCAGAGCCCUAGAAGUACCCCUCCGCCCAUACCACUCCUUGCUAUUUUAAAUGCGUGUCUCAAGCCAAAGCUGCUAACGAGGUUGGAGAAACAGGUGAACAGGAAGACAGCGGUGGCGCUGAAGGAGCUGAGCCAGCAAAUCCAAGAAACUAAAUGCCGGCGGGAAAGGCUGCUGAAGGACACCAGGCAGCUACUGGAAGAAAAACACCGUGUGCAGGCUGAAAACCAGCUUUUCAUGGACUACCUGCACAAAAACAGCGAGCGGUGUGAAAAGAAACGGGAGGCGCUGUGGAAGCAAUGUGCCCAGGAGUGUGGCGAGAUAGAGCGAAGGAGACAAGAGCUGGCGUCCAGAUACACCCAGAGAAAUGCAGCCCUUCGAGCACAGCUCCUGCAGGGCAGAAAGACCCAGGAGGACUUAAGGCAGCAGCUGCAGGCACUGAAGACCGUUUACAUGGUAAAGGAGAGGCAGGACACGACAAUGCAGACCUUGGAGAAGGAGAAAGAGAAAAUCCGGGGUGAGACAGCGGCCAAGGACCAGGAGGCACACAUCCGGUUCCUUCGGGAGAAGGCCCUGAUGGAGAAGAAGCUGCAAGAGUUGGACUUGAUGGAGCUGGGGCAGAUCAGCACUAAGGGGCUUACGAGGAAGUCCAAGGCCUUGGCGCAGGCCUGCAAGCAGGCUCAUUUUGAGUUCUGUGGCAGUCUCCACAGAGAGAACCAGCAGCUACGGAAGGAGCUCCAGCAACUGAGUCAGGAGUACCGGAAGGUGGAAGCUGUGAGAACCGGGUUGGAGAAGCAGCAGCAGCUGGUGAAGGAGCAGCAGUGGUAUCUAGAAGCCUUGACCAGAGGGCGGCAGCGGCUGCAGGCAGGACGUGAGCGCCACCGUGCUCAUAAUCCAUGCCUUAAGGAACAGAGUGCUUCGAAGACCAUGCUGAGCACCAAAUCAAGAACAAAUUCAAAGUAACGGCUACCAGAACGGAUUAAAGAAUUUGAGCACUUGAGAUAAUCUACAAUCCAAAAAGUAUCCUGCGUGGAGAAUACAAGCGUGUUUUCAGAAAGGGGCAGUUGUGAUAUCGGGCUGUGCUCUUAGCCUGGGAUCUACAUUCUGGCUGGCUGGCUGCCUGGGGCUGUUGUGGAUUCCAGAGAUUUAGAACAUUUGGAAAACUUUUUAAAGAGUUGUGCUACUCAUUUUUAUAGCAACAUUUGAAAUUCUCAGAUUAGUUAGGACGUGUUAUUUUAGUUCCAAUACAGUUAUUUUUUUCUUCGUGUAUACUUUGUAGUCCCCAAAGUGUGGUGUAUAAUUCGGUGCAGUGUAUAAUUCGUAAGUUCUGUGUAUUUUUGACCAUUUGAAACAACUAGGAAUCAUAUUUUCAACUGUAGGGGUUUUUUGUUUGUUUGCUUGCUUAUUUGCUGAGAGGGUUUGCAUGUUUGCAUUUGUGAUGGGCUGGUCAUUUGUUGAACUGUGGGGUCCUGGUCUGGGAGAAUGGUCAUGUAUUUCAGCAAUGCCCCUGCAUGGGCAAAUGCAAUUGGCUUUAUGUUUCUCAGAAAUUAUCGGUAAUGAAAACUUCAAAGUAACUUUCUAGAAUUUUCAGCUUUAAUUAUAUGUAAAAUGGAUUCAUU